GGAUUUGAUGAAAAAUCAGAAUUUGACUUGGAAAUAGUACCGUAUAGUGAAACAACUCGUGUGACAGGUUUUACUGAUAUAUUGCUUGUAUUACUUGAUGCCACGACUAGAUCUGUGGCCAAUACCUGGACGGUGGGCCCAGUAGACAACAAUGAGGUGUUUCCCGUGAUUCUAAGCGGGGGACAAGAUGCGGCUAGAGAUGUGACCAAGCGAAUACUGUUGUCAUUGACAGGCGACAUGUGGAAUGUACUUCCUGAGGUUGACGCCCUGCACGCCCCCAGCGAGGACGAGUGGUAUUCGGCGAUGAAACUGCUCGAAAAGUACGUGUGUGUUGAAGAUGUAGUUGACACAGCCGUGGGAGUGGUGAGCGCAACAUCGCGCCGAGUAUUGGCUCCGUCGAUGUACAUUCCCCACGCCGCUGACGGUCAGAGAGGAACCCGACAAGGCUCGUGGCUAAUGCGAGCCAAUGCGUUGACACUUGGUCCCGAUGAUGUGGUCACCUGGUACGGCGAGGGCGACAAGUCUGAACGGGUAACUAAUCAGGAAGCACGCUAUUGGACGCCUAUGGGUAUUCCCGGAGUGCACUACAUGGUAACUUGGAAUAAUAAGGAUGGUGUGAUCCGUGAAGAAGAUUACGGCAAGUUCCCAUUAGGAGCCACGGUGUCCGAGGCUAGUGCGAUUGCGAGACUGUGGAGGGCAGUGGAAUUUGUCGAUGGCGUUAACCUACCAUUCGAGAUGACUACUCAGCGUUCGUUUGAGUUGUUUGUAGCGGCAAAUGCAUUGAUGCAGGCGGCCGUCGUUACCCUAAUUCAAAUGUGUCUCGGUAUACCCAUGUACACGUGGGGCAAUUACACCAGCCUUAACAAACGGUGGUGUCAAUGGAUCAAGGGAUUUAUGGCACUUUCAACUUUUGAUACAAUAACGGUACCACCACCUAGCAGACCAAUGGACCGAGUGAAGCUGUUUGGAUCUUGGAUUGAUUACUACUCAUGGGAUGACGACGCCAGGAGAAUAACGGUGACGGACGCGCACACCCUUGAAGAUUUGUUGCCUGUUGCACUCCUGCCUGCAUGGUUGGCGCGGUGGUGGAUGGAAAAAUUUGAGGGGUUGUGGGCUCCAGGCACAACGCCGGCGGGACGUAACAUAGUAGUUGAAGACACGGUGGCUGGAGGGCAUCUUGAAUUCAUGAUCGAGUGGGACGAGUAUUCCCAGUGGAUGAACGUGGCCGAAUGGACAGUUGAGCUGCCUAUGGAAAAACCACCGGGACGGAAGCCAACGUGGUGGAGCAGUGCGGUGUACUCCACGAAUGCUCGGCGUAAAUAUCCACAAGAGUGUCCUAAGGUAUAUGAUAGAUAUGCUUAUGAUUUGUCGAUUGUACCUCACCGCCUACAGUUCCCCCAUCGUGUGUUACCGGUGUCAAUCACGGCCCAGAUGCGACACGCUCCAUUCGAAUUCAUUGAGAGAGGAAAUUACAUCAUACCGUUUGUGAGACAAGCCGAAUUCGGCGAAAAACAGUCGAUAGCAACCAACCAGCUAUAUAAGCACUCGGGAGACCCAAAGUGGACUGGAGAGUUGGAAUCUCGACUUCCUGACCCGUGGUAUGACUGGUUGGUAGACGCCGCAGCUACUAUGUUGCCUUUUUUAGCUACCGGGAACCCCUGGACGGGGCUAGUAUCCGGCGCCGCAGCUGGGCUGCAUUCUUUCCUCCAAGAUCGGGUGCUU